AUGCUUUAGAAAUAAUCUAAUAAAUAUCCCCCUACUUAAAAAAGAGUUUUAUCCUUCCAAUUUGGAGUCCAUAUUCCAACUUUUUUUUAGUUCUUAUUAGAUUUUCCAAACCACUAAAGGUAUUUUAUUUAUUAAUAAUAGUUUAACAUCUCGGAUUUUGCAGAGAAAUUCUCUCUAUUAUCUUCGGUUAUAAUGGAUACAUUCUAAGAAUUUGUCCGUUAUAAAAAAGAGAGUUGCUGAUUUCAUAUUAAUCUAUGAAUAACACGAAUCUUUAAACUUGAAUCAAGUAUGUUUAAAGAGUACAAUUAAAAUAUUUAAUUGAUUAAGCUCCUUGUCUAAAUGAUUGCUUGUGA